AUGCAUUUCACCGCCAUAUUACCAUUGUUAUUGUCCAUAGUGGCUUUCGUUCUUUCUUUCCUCGCCCUCUUCGCCGGCCACAAGGAGGGAUUCAUGGAGGAUUACGAUGUUGUCCGCCUCAACACAUCUGGCCUGGGCCAGAAUGUCAUUUCCCUAAACACUGACCAAUCCGACGACGAUAGUGCACUAGACAGGCUGUUAGGUAUCGUUCGUAACAAGACCAACGACAUUGUCAACGAUAUCACCAACGACAUUGCUGAUCGCCUUGCCGAUGAACUGGGAAUCUCCCAUUGGUAUUCUUUGCACUUGAUGGACGUGUGCCAAGGCGAUUUCGCCCCCAAUGUGACGGCUCCCAAUGUCUGGCUCAACGUCUCGGACUGCACUCAGCCGAAGCCUGGCCCCAACGUGAACCUUACUAAGAUGUUGGACCAGGAACUCUCUGUCGGUCCCCUGCGCCUGAGCCUCGCCGAUCUCGACUGGCCCGACAGCAUUGAGGACACCAUGGACAAGGUCAACAAAGCCCUCCUCGCCAUCUUCGUCCUUUACGUACUAGGUAUCGGCUUCUCCGGUCUCGCUAUCCUCGGUUCUCUCGCCUCUUUCUUCUUGGGGUUCAAGAAGCGCAUGACUAUUACCAACUUCGUCUUCGCCUUCCUCGCGGCUUUGGUUCUCUUCGCUGGCAGUCUGGUCACUACUAUUGGCGCCAGAGAGGGUGUGAAGCAGAUCAACGAUGUCGGUGAAAAUAUUGGCCUUUCGGCUGAGACCGGCCAAAAGUUUAUGAUCAUAUCCUGGGUCGCCUUUGCCGUCAUGGCUGCCGCGGCCGUCUACUGGGUCACGCAAUUCUGCGUCGAGAGGCGGUCACGUCGGAGGGUGUACACUGAGAAGCGACACAAAAAGGGCAGCUUCUAA